CCAGAUUCCCAAAACAAUCAUGGCUGCUGACAUGCUGGAAAUGAUUCGUAAACUUGUGACGUAAUGUGUUGGAGUCGGAGACUGUUAGCCUGGCUAGGUGUGUGACAAGAGUAUGGAGCUCUCGGCAGGUCGGAUCUCAGUGCAUAAUUUUAGUGAGAAGAUAUGUGAGCAACUGGUUCACUUCCACGUGAUGAGCAUGGAGCAGUGCUUUUUACUUUGGGUGGGAUUGUCACCAAAUCUGUCCAAUCUAGCCGUGGCCAUGUGCAGCAGAUUUGACCCCGUUCCUUUGUCUUCAUUGAUACUCGGAGACACAUCUGACACCACUUCAUGUUCGUUAGCACAAAGAUUAGCCAAGAAGACUACAAAACAAGUGUUCGCCAGUGUUAAUAUCCCAACACACGACAGCCAACUAAUGCUGCUUGUAGAGAAACGUAUCAAGGAGGAGAUGGAAGCGGAUCCUGAAAAGUUUUGAUGUGAAUUUUCUAAAGUCAUUGGUUUUUCUACUGUAGUAAUAAAGGCAUUUAGGAUUGUA